AUGACGCAUGGCCCAAUAGCCACCAGCCCCGGCCGCUCGCAGGGCGGCGGCGGCAUCGACUCGUCGGUUCAGAUGCUGACGUCGCUGACGCCCGAGGCGCGGACGAUGAUGCUGUCAACGAUGCCGCCUGAGCAGAGGUGGCGGCUGCUGGAGGCAAUGCGGGAUGAGGAGAGGGCGGAGCUCCUGAUCCGCAUGAGCCUGCCCUUCAGGGCGGAGGCGCGCGUGGGCCUGGAUGCGCGGCUGUGGGACAAGGCAAUGGAGGUCAUCCGCAGCCGCAGCAGCUUCGGCGCAAAGUUUCUGACCGCGAUGGACAUAGGGGACGCCACGGCGGAGUUUCUAGGCUGGGGGCUCUACCCGCAGGUUGAUGUGCUGGGAGCCCUCGACACGUUCACCUCCGGCGCCAUCCUGGGCCGCGUUCCUGCUGCCCUGCGCAAGGAGCUGCUGUCAAUGCUGGACCCCGGGGUGGCGGCAAACAUUGUGCAGGCGAUGACGCCGCCGCCUGCUGCGGAGUCGAUCGACGCCCUUGACCUGCAGCGCGCAAUGGCCAUCCUGGCGGCAAUGGACCCAGCGAAGGCCGCGGAAGUGCUGGCAGUGCUGGGGGCAGAGGGAGCCGCCGAGAAGCUGAUGGGGAUGGACGCCAGGGCGCGCGCCUCCAUCAUCGAGAGCAUGGCGCCGCGCGACGCUGCCGGGACCCUGGUGUCCAUGGAGGACGCCCUGCAGGUCCAGCUGCUACGGCGGGAGGGCUCCAGCAGGCGCAGCGGCGGCCUCGACGGCGGGCGUGCGUUCGACGACGGCGGCGAUGAGGGCGGCGGCGACGACGGCGAUGGCAAGGGCGACGACCUGGCGUCGCCGGCUAUGGGGGCGAUCAGCGGGAUGCGGCCGGCGGCGGCGUUGAACGUGAUGAGUUACAUGAGCCUGCAGGACAAGGCCGCCCUACUGGCGUCCAUGGACCCCGCGUCAGUGGCGCGCCUGCUGGCGGCCAUGGAGCCCCAGGAGGCUGUCAUGCUGCUGGCGGCCCUGGGGGACCAGGGGGGCCGGCUGGUGGGGGAGGCGCUGCCCAGAGAGGAGCGGGAGCGGCUGGUCAAGGCGGCCGACGCGGCGCCCGCCAAGAGGAAGGGCAAGGGCGCGGCCAAGCCGCCCCGGCAGGCGCCCGGCAGCUUCCGCGACCGCGCGGCUGACUCCGCCGAUACCGUCGACAGGAUCGUCUCUGCGUACGAGACCUUGGAGGAGAGCGCGCUGGAGCCCUCCGCGCCGGACAGCCGCCGCAUCUCGACGGCAGAGGACGUCGUCAGCGCGCAGCAGGCGGCGCUCGCGGCGCAGCAGGGCCGCGCCAACGGCGGCGCCAACGCCGCCCGCGCCAGGCGCGCCACAGGCGCGGGCGCGGGCGCCGGCACCGGGCGGAGGGCGCAGCAGGGCGCCGCGACGGCGGACGCCGCGGCGGCGCUGCUGCAGCAGGCGGCGGCCGGCGACGGCGGCGGCGUGAGGCGCGCCACGCGGGUGACUUACGACAGCGACUAUGAUGCGGCCGCUGCGGCAGCGCCUGCAGACGACGGGGGCGAGGCCCCGGCCGGCCGCAACGCCGCCGGCGCCAAGUCCGCUCGCGGCCCCGCCGGUCGCGGCGCCAACGCCGCCAACGCGCCGCGCCGCCCCGCCGCCGCCCAGCCGUCCCCAGGCGUGGGGGAGCGGUCCCGCAGCGGCAGCAGCGACGGCGAGGGCGAGGCGGGCGGGGCGGCUUCUGCGGCGCCCGAGCGCGCGGCUGCGGCGUCGGGCGCCGCGUCCAAGCGCUCGUCCGAGGUCGGCUACAAGAAGCCCCCCAACACGGCCCGCGCGGGCCCGCCGCGCCGGCCGGACCCCGCAAACGCGGCCUCGGGGAAGCGGGGCGCGGCGGGCGGGCUGGCGCUGCCGCUGGAGCGGCUGCCGGAGGCGGGAGGCGGCGACGAUGGGGACGGGGACGAGCUCGGGCCCAUAUCCGCUGGCGGGCGCCUGGAACGGCCCGACGACGGCGCCAGCGCCGACGAGCAGGGCGGCGCCAGCUUAGCUGCCUCCCCGCGCAGCGGCCCGUCCCCCGUGCCGCGCGGCCCCCUCAACUCGUCCCGCCGCCACCACCGCGGCGGCGCCGCGCCCGCGGCGUCCGCCGCGGCCAGCGCGGCCGCGGGGCGCCACGCGCUGCGGGAGGCGCUGCGGUCGCAGGCAGCCAAGGCGAAGCGGGCGGCGGGCGAGGAGGGCGGCGGCGGCGAGGGCGGCGGCGGCGGCAAUAGCGGGGGCGGUGCAGGGGCGGAGCCGGAGCAGCAGCCGCCGCAGGCCAAGCUGGGACGGCUGCCGAAGAACGCUCGGCUGAUCGAGGCCAUGGCGCAGCACAGGAACGCUAAGCCCAAGCCCAAGGGGUGGCUGCUGGCCAUUGUUGACUCGAUCUACAAAGAGGGUGAGACGCUGCUGCGCAAGCUGGGGCGGUUCGACAUGGUGCGCAAACAGAGUGUCCCAGAGAUAGUGUUCGCCUACUUCCAUAACAAGUACGGUCAGCGCGCGCUGGUCAACGAGAACGUUGGCGGCCUGGUCAACACGCUGACUCUGCACAAAACCAGCGACCUGCGGCUGGAGGCGUUUGCGCGGCUGCUGAGCGAGGAGUGGGACGUGGGGAUAUUCAUAGACUUCAUCAACGCGCAGGCGCAGUGCGCACAGCCGUCCAAGGUCGCGUGCAUCGAGUACCCCCUGCAGCCGGGCAAGGACGAGCAGUACGUAGUCAUAGACCUCUUCAAGGCGGUGGCGGUCGCUGACUCAGCGCUCGGCAUCAGGUCCCAGGUGGCGCGCGAGCGGUUCAACGAGCUGCUGCAGGCAGCGGCGCAGCCUGCUGACGAGGCAGACGUCGAGAAGCUGCGCAGGGAGCGCCGAGAGGCUCUGGCGAAGGAGGGCCGCGGCGCGGCGGGCGGCGGCGCCGGGGAGGAGCUGCCGGAGAAGUUCUGGAAGCUGCCGCGCAUCCGCUUCCUGCUGCUGCUCUGCAAGGAGAUUGCCCGCAUCAACAGGCAAGCGGGCGGCCCGGGGCUCGGCGGGGUGAUUGCUGUAGUACUUUGCGUGUACUGCUCUUGA